UGCUUAAAGAGCCUCCUCCGCCUGCUUUCGCUUCAUUCUGCAGCCAUGGCUGGGGUGAGCAGGGCGCCCUCUCUGCCGGUCCUCUUCGGCCUGGAAGAAGAACUGACCUGCUCCAUCUGCCUCUGCCUCUUCGAGAGCCCUGUGACCACCCCCUGUGGCCACAACUUCUGCCUGCCCUGCUUGGAAAUGACCUGGGCCCCUGGGAAGGCCCCUGGCGAGAGUUUCAGCUGCCCUCAGUGCAGGACCCACUUCCACAGCCGCCCUGAGCUGAAGAAGAACACAGUCCUGUGCCGCGUGGUGGAGCAGUUCGAGAGGGAGCCCGCCAAGGAGGAGCCGGGCCCCAAAACUGUGGAGAAGAAGGCCCCCCAGGAGAGCCCUGUCCCCUGCGACAGCUGCCUCGGGGCCCAGGCAGCCCAGACCUGCCUCAGCUGCAUGGCCUCCUUCUGCCAGGAGCACCUGCGGCCCCACCUGGAGAGCCCGGCCUUCAAGGGUCACCACUUGGUGACCCCCGUGAGGGACCUCCACCACAAGAAGUGCCCCGACCACGGCAAGCUCCUCGAGUUCCACUGCCAGGACCAUGGCGGGUGCAUCUGCUGCUUCUGUUUGGUCACCCACAAGGCUUGCGACACCAUCCCCUUGGCCCAGGCCAAGGAGGAGAAAGAGAUGCAGCUUAAGAAACGAUUGACGGAACUAUAUACACUGAAUGAAAAGGCUUUGCAGUCCUUGGAUCAAGUACGGUCACAGCAGAAACAAACCAGUGAUACAGCCUCACGGAAGUUGGAUUUGCUGAAGUCCGAGUUCCAGGAAAUUAAAGCUUUAAUUCAAGAGGAGGAAGAAGAGUCUGUGAAGAAAGUACUCGCAGAGAAGCAAAGAGUCCUUGAUAAAUAUGAUUUUGUCUAUAAAGUCCUUGGUAAGAAGAAAAGUGAAAUCCAGGGAGAGAGAGACCAAAUUGAAAUGGCCUUGUCAGCUGGGGAUGACAUCGCUUUCUUGACGAAAGCAACAAAAUUGCGGCCGAUGCAGAUCAAAGAUGUAUUCAUUCCCAAAAUAGAGUUGGAUCAAAAGGUGAUACAUGCUGUUUAUCAAAAGUCUUUUGGCUUGAAAGAAAAUGUGAAACAAUAUUUGACUCAGCCCGAAGAGAAGAAAACAGAAGGAAGCUCACAGCCAAAGCCUUUGCAGCAUGGAAAAAAGAACCCAGGAUCAAAUGCCUCAAAACAAGACAGUAUUCCAUUGAAGACUUCAGUGGAGAUGGCUUCCAAGGAGGCAAAUGCUGCAUCUUCUACUGCUGCUGCUUCUAAUACUGCUGAAACCAAACAGAGAAGAAGACCUGCUAAGCGUGCACAAAGUCCCAACCAGAGAGCACGGAGUUCUAGCAGGACAGUGCUGGGGAUUCAGUCGGUGACUCCUGAAACCUUCGUAGGUAAAUCAAGAGAGGAGCUUUUGGAAUUUGCUGCAACAUUCUGUCUGGAUUUCAACACGGCCCAUAAGAAAGUGGUCUUAUCAGAGAAAAACACCAAAAUGUCUGUAUCAGAAAUCCCCCAGAAUUACAGCCACCACCCUCAGCGAUUCAGCUACUGCUCCCAAGUGCUGGGCUUCCAGUGUUUCAAGAGGGGCAUCCAUUACUGGGAAGUAGAGAUGGAGCACAACAACUUCUGUGGCAUUGGCAUCUGCUAUGGGACCAUGCCCAGACAAGGAGCUGAAAGCCGCCUAGGGCGCAAUAGCAGCUCAUGGUGCAUCGAGUGGUUCAAUGCCCGGAUCUCCGCCUGGCACAAUGACAUUGAAAAGUGCCUGCCCAACACCAAGGUGCAGAAGAUUGGUGUCCUCUUAAAUUAUGAGGGUGGCUUUGUUAUUUUCUUUGGUGUUGCUGAGAAAAUGAUCCUCCUCUAUAAGUUCCGGGCACAGUUCACAGAAGCCCUCUACCCAGCCUUCUGGGUCUUCUCCAGUGGAACUACUAUUUCUAUCUGCCAGUUGAAGUGAAAGACCAGGUAUCCCUCUUUUCCCAGCUAUAUAGGGUAUCCUUACACUAAUGCACCCUGUCUGUACUAGAGCCCAGCUUUUGUAUGACUUCCUUAAUUAAUGCCAAGCAAAGCUAUAUUUCCUGAGGUUCUGUGCUUGCUUUUUGAAAGCCAAGGCUAUCAAAUCAAGCUCAUAGUCCCCCAAGAAUAGCACUCAGCCAACCUCUCUGACUUGACCUUGGAUAACUUGGACUUCAAGCAAAUCACUUGUGAAAUACUUUUGUGGGCAUAUGGUUUACUGUGUCAUUUGUCACCCGUAAGAAAGGGCCAGUGGAAGCAUGUCAGAGCAAACAAUUAUUCUGUUUCUGCUUUAAGGCAUAAUUAGAAGCACAGGGUAAUGGUGUCUGUCUCUUUUGCAUAGUCUGCACUGUUCACUGUUCUUUGAACCUGCAAGUGCAGGUGUAAAAGUAAGGGGUUCGUGUGGGUCAGACAUGCGGUCAUUCACUUACCCUCUUUCACUUGCAUGGAUCAAUCUUCUGAACACUUUAUUUUAAACUGUUCUGAUGCUUAUGUAGUGAAGUAGAAGGAAGUCAUGAUCGAUGAAAGUUGUGGGACUCUGUUUGUACUAAACAAUGUAAACAUAGUUGUAAUUCUACUGCAGAAGAACACAAUUUACAGUAUCCCUGUGCCUUUGUUGUCUAGGCUGUGCCACUGACAGCUCUUUCCACAGAGAAAUUGAUAACUGGCAAGUGUAUCCAUAUGGAAGAGAGGGCAGAAAAUCUUGGCAGCAUGAGUUAAGUAAUGGGACACUUUCAAAGUAACACUUUGAAUUCUGAAGCCUCCCUUGAAUUCCUGUGGUGUUACAAAGUCCCCAGCUGUUUUUCAGAUGCUUUGAAAGUUUUUUCCUCUUUAGCAUCUGAAGAGAUAGAUAAAUCCCUGUAUGCUGUGUGAUAAGUCUCCUCAUAGCUUAAUCUAGUGCUUCAUAGUUCUGCAGACUGAAGAAGCUGGAGCUAUUGAGGGCUUUGAAUAAUUGACAUGCACAGACAGGGAGUCUGAUGUGGAUGUGUAUUUUAUAUAUUAAAACACACCAUCAUCAUCUUGGCCAUUUUAAGUAUACUUCUCUACUUGGGAGGAACACUUUGUUCUACUAGUAUUUGAAGAAUUUUGAAGAACACGGUGCCUCUGCAGUGGUCAUCUGAAUAGUUUCAAUGCCAGGAAGAUAGAGUGAGUGGGAAUGUGUAAAGUUAGUCUUGAAUCAUAAAAGUUCAGGUCAAGGUUGGAGCUCUGCUUUACUCAUCCUUGUUGGAAGUGGUUUAGAUCCCUCUCGUUUGCUGCAUGCAGGUCUCUAAGUCUUCAGCAACAUUUGGCUUAGAGUAGAUACUUACACUUGAGUGUGAAAAGCCUGCAAGUGUCACAAAGUUAAUCAUGUUUCUAAGCUAUUCUUCCCAGUUGGCAUUUUAGCCUUUAACAUGAGAACUGUCUUUUUAUCAUUAAAAUACUGGACACCCAUCUGAAAAGGAGUGAAGGAAGCUGAUGGAUUACAGACUCUUAAGACGAUUUUCUUUUAGCCUUCUUGGAAGUGAGGUUUCCCCCCCACUUUGGAAGUGAUACAGCGUAUGAUUCCAAUAACUGAAAACAACUUUAUUGUUUUCUUAAGGCAGAGAAGUAACACAUUAGAAACAUUGCCAAUUGGUUUGCCUUGGACUUUGCACUAGUAGGAAUGAGCACUGUCUUCUCUUUCUUGGAUCAGAAUAUAGAUAAAAUAUGUUUGACCCAAAUGUGCUCACCUUUUCAGGAAUCUUUCAGGAAUCAUGACCUAGUAUGUUGGUCUUUUUAAAUAUUUAGAGAUGAGAGGAUUAUUGAGAUGGAGAUCAAGUAGGUUCCUUCCUAAUAUAGCAAACCUGUCCUUGGUGUUCAGAAGCUGCAGGGUCCUAUUGCCUCUGUGAUGAAUCGUGUGAUAUUUCUUACAAGAUUUAAGGAUUUCCUUUCAUGAAGAAGGGAAUCUUAUUCUCUGUGACUUGUUAAGGCUUGCUGGCUCUUUUAUGGAGCUGCUCUUUGACCACUUUUGCCCUGAAGGAAGCCUCUUGAAACUUUCUUCCUGCAAAAGAUCAUUGAGAUUUAGGCACACUUGUCUGUGUGUUUAAAAAAAAAAUUCAGAAGACCCAAAGCACAUUGAUCUGACUUCUUUUACCCAAAGUUUGUUGGAUCUGGGAUAUGCUCACUGAGGUGACUUAGCAAGCAUCCAUGAGUCCUUGUGCUGUGGAUGUGAUAGAUCUUUCUAACCAGUUAUACUCUUACAGUUAUACAGAACUAGAUCUCAUAAGAAAAAAAUAACCUCAGUUUAUCUCAUGGCAGGGCAUGGUUUUGAAAUAAUUGGCCAUAGGGAUAGUUGACUCACAAGAUAAAACAUAUUGGUUUCAUCAAAAGGGAGCCAAACUGUGUCUUCUGGGACUUUUUUCUGACUAGGUGAAACUUUUUGUUUAAAAAGUAAUGUUAUCUGAUGUAUCCAUAUUUGGAUGGAUACAGGGUUAACACUGUUAUGAUGUAGAAGAUUAACACAUUUUUGCAGGUUUUUCUGCAUACAGAAUGGGUUGAAAGCGAUCUCAGGGUUACCAAUACUGUUGGUGUAAAUGGUUUCAGCACAUAGGGAUGUUUGAACUGCAACACAACACUAAACAAUGAAAACUUAAAGGCCUAGGUGCUUCACUGUGUAAUUUUCAAAAUGAUGUUUAACUACAGAAUGUCUAGCAAUUGAAAAGUAUGUAUGUCUACAGAAUAUCUGGCAAAGAUUGUGAAUGAUAACAUUGAUCCGUUGGUGGUUUUAAGAAAUUCAGAUUAUAGGUAAAUAACAAAAAAUGACUUUUAUUGUUGUUAAGGGUUUUUUCUCCAUUUCAAUCCUGGAUUUUGCCAACUCUGAUUGUGACAGAUGUAAUGUACCUGAGGCCAUCAGGCCAUGCAGUGCAUCCGACCUCAUUCAUUAAAAGUUCAAUAAAUUCUGAUUGUUAUCGUU